AAGGUUGCCUCCAACCAGGAGCUCACGGCUGCCAUAAAAGAAGAUAUUUCGCUUUUUUGGCAGCAGAAGAUAGUUUGCAGCGCCCACUCAUGCGCAUCAGUUGGGGAAAAAAUAGGCAGAAAUUUAUUUUUCUCUUUUCUAUCCGUAUACCUCAAUCAUACAAGAUAACAGAGACACGUGUGAACAGUUGGGACUGAUUAUUCAAAUGCUGUUUGUACAUUAAAUGCGGUUAUCCAGGGUAUUGAUUCGGCUAAUGCGAUAACCUUAAGUUUUACUGUGGUGGGGAAAGAAAAGUCUUUGAUGACAAGGAAAUGGGCAAGUUAGGAUGUGCUGGCGGACGGCGGUGAAGUCCGGACAGAUGUGGAUUUAACAGAAGAACGUUGCUUGAAUUGGUCGAAUCUUAUGGCUUGAAGGUUCCAUCCCAAGCCUCAGCUCUACACCAGUCAUGGAUUUUGUCACAGAGUACACCUACAAUGAGAGUUACUAUGCCAACGGCACCGAGGGCCUCGGCAACAGCACCGCAUGCCAACGGAAACAUCCCUACAACUACUACGCCAUGCUGCUCACGCUCCUCAUAUUCGUCAUCGUCUUCGGCAACGUACUGGUGUGCAUGGCGGUCUCCAGGGAGAAGGCCCUGCAGACCACCACCAACUACCUGAUCGUCAGCCUGGCCGUGGCCGACCUGCUGGUGGCCACCCUCGUUAUGCCCUGGGUGGUCUAUCUGGAGGUGGUCGGAGAGUGGCGGUUCAGCAAGAUACACUGCGACAUCUUCGUCACCCUGGACGUGAUGAUGUGCACGGCAAGCAUCCUCAACCUCUGCGCCAUCAGCAUCGACAGGUACACGGCCGUCGCCAUGCCGAUAUUGUACAACACGCGGUACAGCUCCAAGAGGAGAGUCACGGUCAUGAUUUCUGUGGUUUGGGUCCUGUCUUUCGCAAUAUCCUGCCCCCUACUGUUCGGCCUGAACAACACAGCCACUCGUGACGAGGCCCAGUGCGUGAUCGCCAAUCCCGCCUUUGUGGUCUACUCCUCCAUCGUCUCCUUCUACGUGCCCUUCAUCAUCACUCUGCUGGUCUACGUGCAGAUUUACGUGGUGCUGCGCAAGCGACGUAAACGUGUCAACACCAAGCGCAGCUGUCAUGUGACUGACGCGGAAAACGCCGGAAAGGAGAAGUGCACCCACCCAGAAGAUGUAAAGCUCUGUACUGUGAUUGUGAAGUCCAACGGGGCCCUUUCCCUGAAAAACAAGAAAGUGAUCCUGAUACAGGAGGCUGCCCAGCCGGUCGCUGACAUGGAGAUGGACUUGAUGACGAGCUCCAGCCCCAUGGAAAAGAAGAGGACUGCGCCCGCGCCCGCCACCCACCAACUCUGCAUGCCCGCCGCCCCCACCCAGCGGCAGGGCUCGGCGCCGCCCUCCCCGGCCGAGAGCCGGCUCGAAGGCGAUAGGAACGGCCACACCAAGGAUGCCCUCGUCCCCAAGGCCACGAAAGCCUUCGAGACAGAAGCGCUGCCUGGUGGGAAAACUCGCAGCACUGUGAAGCCCCUCAGCAAGAGGAAGAUCUCGCAGCAAAAAGAGAAGAAGGCCACGCAGAUGUUAGCCAUCGUCUUAGGUGUGUUUAUUAUAUGCUGGCUGCCCUUUUUUAUCACGCACAUUUUAAACACCCACUGCACGCAUUGCCGGGUCCCAUCGGAAAUGUACAACGCCUUCACGUGGCUGGGCUACGUGAACAGUGCCGUGAACCCCAUUAUUUACACCACCUUCAACAUUGAGUUCAGGAAGGCCUUCAUCAAGAUACUGCACUGUUAAAAAAACGCAGAGCGUGAUGCGGGGCUGGACGAAGGCCGGAACUGGCCGCCAUCCACAUCGCUUACAUCGCAAGAAGCCGCUUCCGAGCUCUUUUCGUGCUUCGCGCCCUCAGAUGGGAGAUGAGGUAAGUGCGAGUCAUUCGGCGAUUGAGUCACGCCGCACAGUCACCGCAAAUUAAAUGGAUAUCAACUUUGAACAUGUGCUCUGUAUAUCAUUGUAGAUUGAAAACAGUCUGGAACACCGAUGUGUUGCAGAAUGGUGACACCCUGGAAUGGGACUG